UUUUCUAUCAGCUUCAGAACUUAGCGGCUCAGAUAACAACAAUGAGUGUUCGAGUACUUACUUUUUCGUUUAUUUUUAGUUUAUAUCUGUCUUUUGAAGUUGUUUCUCCGCAUAUUAAUCAAACAAAUUCCAAAAUGCAAGAAGCUGGAAUUGUUCCCGAUGUAAUUGAUGUUGCUCCAACAAAAGUUGUUCAGGUGACCUAUCCAAAUGGAUUAGAAGUAAACCAAGGAAAUGAACUUACACCCACUCAAGUAAAAAACCAACCUACAGUGCACUGGGAUGCAGAAGAAAAUGCACUUUAUACACUUUUGAUGACUGACCCAGAUGCCAGUGAACAAUUUAGAGAAGUUAGACAUUGGUUGGUUGUAAAUAUUCCUGGAAAUAAAGUAUCAGAAGGCCAAUCAGUUGUGGAUUAUGUUGGUUCAGGACCACCUCUAGGAUCUGGUAAACAUCGUUAUAUAUUUUUGGUUUUCAAACAACCCAAUGAAAUUAAAACCAGCCUCUACAUUUCGAAAAAAACAAGAACAGGACGCACUUCGACAAAAGCUCGUGAUCUUAUAAAGGAAUACAAUCUGGGAAAUCCAGUAGCUGGUAACUUUUAUUUGGCAGAAUAUGAUGAUUAUGUUCCAAUUCUUCAUGCUGGUUUUACUAAUUAAUUGUGCCAGGAAAAAAAAAUCAUAAGUAUUUGAAUUUUUGUGAAAAAACCUAACAUUUUGUAAAAUAAAAUAAGACGAAAAACA